AUGUCUGGUACUGAUGUCUUCUACAAGGCCAUGCGGGACCACUCGCAGGAGCGGCGAUACGCCGAACUUGUGUGUAGCCCCUGCCAGCGAAGACUUCGCGACGUGAGGAAGUGUGGAAAGCAAGUACGGUGCGAUCCUGACGCGCUCGACAGCCUCGCUGAGCACUUGCGCGGCAAGCCGCACCGCAAGAAAGUCGCAUGGCUUGAGUCGCACGAUGCCAUUCAAACCUUUCGUGCGUUGGAUGGCACGACAGUGCAAUGGGACCACCGGCGUGGUGUGACGAAGGUAGAUGGCAGAGAAGUGGAUUCUCGUUCUCGGGAAGGCCUCGACUGGUCCUCCUGGCAUGAGACGGUGAAGAAGCGAGAGCGUGAAAGCGGUUUCCCGGUCACUGCGUUGUCGAGCCCCAGCGAUCGUGGAGCUCCCUCUGGCAGUUUAGAGCGCCCGCCCAAGCAGAGCAGAUGCAUGGAGAAUGUGAAUGAGAGUGCGAAGCCCAUGCUGCAUGAGCUGAAGCUGAAGACAUGGGAGUCUCUGCUGCAAGACAAGCAGACCUCAGUCGACCUGACUUCCAAGCUGGAUUGGCCACGUUGCUUGCGAAGCUUCACAAAGCUGGCAGCGUGCAACAUGGCGCAGCUGGAGAAGGUCUGUGGGGAGAUCCAUUCAACCGCCAUCUGCCCUUGGACUGAGCAGCCUGCCUUCCACUUCGUACUCUAUGGCUUUGACAAGUUCCAUGUCCGCCUGAGUUUGGCGAGGUCUGGAACUUACACACUCAUGUUUGAGAGGGACGGCGAGAUCAUCUCCAUUGAUCAAGCGCCGCCUGAGUCAGGGGAAGCCAGCCUGCCCCGUCCGCGCGAGAGGGACAUCUGUGAAGCUUUCGGCAGCCGAUGCCUGGAGGGACGUCAGCUCAAAGCCUUUGCCAGUGCUGGGAGCAGGCAAAGGUUUAAAGACUUGGUGAAGGAGUUUGUUCGAGACCGGGCUGCCCUCCGUCACCGUGGUGGAAUACAUCGAGAUGAUGCAGGCUUGCAAGAGGCCGCGCAACAACUGGUCUAUUUUGAUAGCCGUCACCUUCGGUGGAAGCUCGUGAAGGAUGAAGAUGAGUUAGGCUGGCGAAAGUUUUUGUUCGACAGGACGCUCGAGCCGGCCAAGCUUUUCAACUACUUGUCGGGCGAUCGCUUGAAGGAGUGCGUGCUUCAUGUACGCAUCAGCGAAUCGAUGGAACAUUUUCUUGACGCCUCUGCUGCUGCCCAGGCGUGGCCCCGCUGUUGCGAUGCUAUUCGGAGCUGCCAGGGUUGCACGCGGCAGUUCGCUGGAAUCUUGCAAGCACGCACUUGCGAUGAAGCCUGGCAACAGCUGAAGUGGCAUCUGUGGUCCGGACAGUGGGACCUCAACCCACUUGAGGUCCGUUUCACUCACGGCAAGAUCAGAAGCUGUUUCAGGAAUGGCCGUUCGUUGGACUCUGCCUUGCGCGAGUUGUGCGAACAGCCUGAUCAACGCCAUCGGUAUCCUCGACUGCAGGUGCUGCAAUUCCACGGCCGCUACUACUCAGUCAACAACCGUCGUCUCUACUGCUUCCGCUCCUUGCAGGAACGCUUUCCCCACCGAAAGUUGGACAUCUCAGUUGAGGUUCGCGCACUUGCAGGGAAGGGCAACGAGUUCAAACAAAACAGAAGUUUUUUGUUAAAGUUCUUCGACGCGCUCGACUCGACCAACGAAGGCGGAUCUGUUGGCUUCUAUGCUUAG